AUGCACGAUAUCUCAGUACCCUUGGACCAGCAGAAAAUCUGUCCCAGCUAUGGCACACCCCGGGGUGGUAACACGCCUCCAAAUGAUGCGCCUCCUGCAAACACCAAUCCGCCCUCAUCUCCUCCUGAGGAUACCCCUCAGCCUGGGGGUUCAGCGGGCUCGCCUCCUGCUCAGUAUACCCCUCAACCUGGGGGUUCAGGUUCAACGGGCUCUCCUCCUGCUCAGUAUAUCCCUCAGCCUGGGAGUAACCAAGGCCUAUCUCCCCCUGCUCAGUAUACUCCUCAGCCUGGGGGCUCAACGGGCUCACCUCCUGCUCAGUAUAUCCCUCAACCUGGGGGUUCAAAGGGCUCGCCUCCUGCUCCUCAGUAUACUCCUCAGCCUUGGGGUAACUCGGGCCCAUCCUCUCCUCCGCAGUAUACUCCUCAACCUGGCGGCUCACCGGGCUCACCUCCUGCUCAGUAUACUCCUCAGCCCUGGAGUCAACCCAGCAACGCAGCGCCACCACCGAACAACUAUCCCCCAGCCUACGCACAGGGCUAUCCCGCUGGCUAUGUUCCUGGCCCCGUUAUCAUCGACUCGGAAUACCAUUCCGGUGGCAAGUCUAGUCAUGUUGAAUCUUCUGGUGUGAAAAAUAGCCAUGGUGGAGACCCCUUCAUGGCGGACAGUGAGGACGGCGCGAGCGCCUCAUAG